GAUCAUAAAGUCAGCUGACGUGGGUGAAGGUGCUCCCUAUUUUAUAGUGUUUUAACACACUGCAUUGUCGAUUUUGGUAUAUUUGUGAUAAUCCUGUUGAUCUGUAUUGGCUAUCCUACUUUAACUAUGACUUCAAAAUUGCAAAAUGGUACCGGCAACCAUACUACCCACACUUCGGACAUCCUUUCCAAAGAUACACCCAUCGAAGACUUACCCCACAUCAACAGCAGCAACGAAUUCAUCCUAACAAAUCCCAACGAAAACUACAUAGUACCAAUCAAAAAAUGGCUACAACAGACUUUCUCCAAAAAACUACUCCUCAAAAGAAUCCCAAUUUUGAGCUGGUUACCAAACUACGACAAAACUUCCGCAGUUAGCGACUUCAUCGCGGGAAUAACAGUGGGUUUGACCGUAAUUCCUCAAGGUUUAGCGUACUCGAGUAUCGUAGGGGUACCACCUCAAUACGGACUUUAUAGUUCGUUCGUGGGUUGCUUAGUCUACAUCAUUUUCGGAAGUUGCCCUGAAACUGCAAUCGGACCCACGGCAAUGGCAGCAAUGCUCACUGGUGACGCCAUCAAGGGCAAAGGACCGCAGUACGCCACCCUGCUAUGUUUGCUGACAGGAAUCGUGCAAGUGUUGAUGGGUCUUUUUAAGUUUGGUUUCUUAAUCGACUUCAUUUCUGGGCCAGUGUCGUCGGGGUUCAUUUCGGCUUCAGCCAUCGUCAUUCUAACCUCCCAGAUGAAAGAUAUUUUGGGAAUUCAAGCAUCAGGGGACUCCUUUGUAGCCAUUUGGAAAGAAGUUAUCGAAAAUAUUGAAGACACGAAAACAUGGGAUGCGGUUAUGGGUUUUAUUUGUUUAAUCGUGUUACUAAUAAUGAGGGGUAUCGGUAAAUUGAAGAUUGGACCUUCAAACAAGGACGUUCCUCUUAACAGAACACAACAAUUCCUCAACACUACCUUCUGGUUAAUAGGAAUAGCGCGCAGUACCAUCGUUGUGGUUAUUUGUACCUAUAUUAGCUACUACCAGAAUCGGGAAAACGAAAACCCGUUCACUAUCACAGGCUACGUUCCCUCAGGCUUUCCAACCAUCCAACCUCCAUCUCUCCAUUACAUAGAAGUGAAAAACAACACAGUUGUAAAAUACGAAAAUUUCUUUCACAUGGUGACCGAUUUGAGUUGUGGAAUAUUCGCGGUACCGCUGAUUGGGCUUUUGGAAGAUAUUGGGGUUUGUACCGCCUUUGCCAAUGGUAAACCUGUAGAUGCUACCCAAGAAUUUAUAGCUGUAGGUCUGUCCAACGUUGCCAAUUCUUUCGUCCAAGGGUUUCCCGGUACGGGUGCUUUGGCAAGAAGUGCCGUGAACCACUCGAGUGGGGUCAAAACGACAUUCGGUGGUUUCUACACUGGUGCUCUUGUAAUAUCAUCACUUUUUUUCUUCACCCCGUAUUUUUAUUACAUCCCGAAACCAACCCUAGCGGCUAUUAUCAUAGCAGCGUCUAUAUUCAUGGUGGAAUAUAAAGUAGUACGACCGAUGUGGAAGGCUAAAAAAAGUGACUUGGUACCAGGCAUAGCUACGUUUAUUGGUUGUUUGAUUCUACCUUUCCAGUACGGGAUUCUCAUAGGUGUCGGGAUUAACCUAACGUCCAUUAUGUACCACGCAGCAAGACCUAAAAUCUCCAUGGAAAAAUUGAGGAGUUCCGAAGGAGAAAACUAUUUGUUGUUGAAGCCUGAUAGGUGUUUGAUGUUUCCGUCAGUUAACUAUGUUAGACAUUUGGUGACCAAACACUCUCUAAGACAAGGGAUUCCCGUGGUGAUUGACUGUACUUACAUUUAUGGGGCGGACUACACUGCUGCCACCGUUAUCAAAAUUUUAACUGAAGACUUCGCAUCGCGUAAACAACCUUUGUUUUUCUAUAACAUCAAACCCAGUGUGGGUUCUGUGAUUCAUACUUUAGCGACGGAAGAAUUUCAGGUUUACUAUGAUUGUGACGAAUUCGAUGAAAUGUUGAGACGGUGGCGAAUAAAAAGAAACAUGCAGACAGAAGAUUUGUAAAAAGAUGUGCUGUAUGUGUGUUAAUUAAAAAGUUGAAUUUUAA